AUGGGAAAAGAUGAUCCCGCGGACAACCAAGCUGGCCUCAAAUUUUUUGAUGACGCUAGCAAGAAAGGUGUUUUUAUUCAGGGUCUUGAAAAGACAGCUGUCAAAGACGCUACAGAUUCACUUGCCCUCCUCACAAAAGGUAGCCAUCGUCAGCAGACUGUAGCUACCAAAUUCAUCAAUCACUCCAGUCGUUCGCACUCCAUAUUCAUAAUCGUUAUUCACAAUAAGGAGACAUCCUCCAUGGGAGAUGACCUUCUAAAGGUUGGUAAGUUCAACAUCAUUGAUCUUGCAGGCUCGGAGAACAUCGGACGCUCUAGAGCAGAGAAUAAAAGGGUCAGAGAAGCAGGCAUGAUCGACCAAAGCUUCAACUUUGGGCCCAUUCGACACAUAUCCCUUAUUGGUAAGUGUGUUCGAUCUAUGAGUCAUAGAGUUACACUGAUACAUUUGAAUCACAGGGAAUUUAAACUCACCCGUCUCUUACAAGACUCACUUGGCGGCCGUACAAAGAUGUGUAUAAUCGCCACCAUCUCUCCUGCUCGUUCCAACAUGAAAGAGACCCUCUCUACCCUCGAUUAUGCCAUCUGCAACAAGCCGUAG